AUGAAGCAUCAGUGCUCCGGCCUAGCAAUGCUACUGCUCGGAGUACUUGUUGGCACUCUUGCUGCGCCUUCCAAUCGCACAACAAACGACGAUAGGAGUGGACAUCGCGAGGAAAAGCGUGCUCCACCAGCACUUGAAAGAUUGCAGGAGCUCCACGCCGCUGGAGGCUUGGUGAUGAAGAUGAUGCAUGCUGGUCCAGGCGACGCAGCUAUCGUUAACCUUCAGAAACCCCCUAUCAUGCGCAAAGAUGUCGAAAAUGAUGGUUGGCUGCACUCCAUUACCCACGACCAGAUGGAUACAGCAGGUAUAGCGACACUGGAUGGUUUCGAUGGAGUCGAAGGGCUGGAGUUCCAGAGGGGAGGCAGACUGGCGCAUUCCAGAGAUCGCACUGUGCUAGAAGGUGGACGAUUUGAUUGGCAAACUGGUACAUGGAUGCGCUCCGCUUGGAGCGGGCAUGGUUGGUCCUUUCGUUGGACAAUGAGCAGUUACUUCAAUACCAUCAUUGUGAUUUACGCCGACAGCCCUUCGUUCUGGACCCAUGAGGAUCCGGCGCUCGUUCAACCGGAGCACGGGCUGAGAUAUGAGCAUUGGUCAGAUUUCACAUUCAGAGAAUACUACGACUUGGCAAUAUCGACGCGUGUAUCAUUCAUUACUUCCACCGAAGCCGGCCUUGGACUUUUGGAUCUUCCCCCGAAAGAACAUGCUGUCACAUUCCCAAUCGGUUCAUACUGCCACCAACUGAUACUCGGUACGAGGGUUGGAGACCAGGUCGGAAGGCUCUUCUACCAGCACAAGGCAAAGUUGCCUGCCUGCUCGGUGGUUGCCAUACACAUAUGGGACUCCGGGAUCAACGCGGCGCCAGCAGUCCUCUUCAGCACCCAGGCCUACCACGAAGACGUGGAGACGAUCGCGAUCCAAAACCGUGCGUUCGAGGAAAAUGGUGCUAAUAUCCGCUGCGGUGACUGGCCAGUCAAGCUCAAGCCACAGUGGAUCCCAGCAAGCAAUCAAGACACGCAAACUGUAUGGAGCAUCCACACAAAUGGCUUGAAUAAUUUGCAGGACUUGGACUCUGGUCUUUACGUACCCGGCAUCGCAGAGAUGCAACAGCCUCCACCACACCAUCAAAGUACCAAAACCGGCGAAUGGCGCCACACAGAGAAGACAGAGAACGCACUCCCGGAAGCAGUUACGGCUCUGCAUGGCUUCGAUGGAGUUGAAGAUGUGAAGUUCACCGGAAGGGGCAGUUCUGACACGUGGCGUGAUGACCAACCCGUAGACGCCAGCGAUCCAUCGGAGUGGACUUUGAGAACCUGGGAGCGUGGCGCAGCCUGUCCGGAGUUCCAGUGGUGGAUGAGUGCGACGUCCAAUACCAUUGUCGCCAUGUACGCGGAGAGUCCUUCGUUCUCGAUGCAGAGCGAGCCCAGUUCAGCCCUACCAGCAGAUUGGUGGCAUUUCCAUUGGUCAGAUUUCACCUUCAAGGAGUUCACGAAUGUAAAGAAAGACAGACGGAUGACCAUACCGCCCAAGAACAUAUUCUUUCCCAAGCUCGCGGGCCCCCCUAAUGACAUUGCGGCCUUGAAGAUCUGCAUGCAAGGUCUCGGAUCUACGUCCAAGGAGGAUGCGUGGACAUUCCCGAUAGGGUCUUUCUGCCAUGAGCUCAUCAUGGGCACGAAGGUUGGGAUACAAGUUAGCAAGCUGCUCUACGAGCACAAAGCUCGGACCGGAGAUGCCACCGUUAUUGCGGUCCAUGUCUGGGAUUCUGGAGAUGCCGAGAUACCGUCGGUCCUUUUCAGUGUUCGACUGGUGGACAAUGUAUCACGGAAUGUGUGGAGAAAGAACAUGGCUUAUAAUGCCGAAGACGAACAAGUCUGUGCUGUCCUUUGGGCGUUCAACCUCAAGCCGCGUUGGAUCAAGGCUGAUCACAAGUAG